AUGGAGAACUUCGACUGUAAGCUACACCAUGUUCUAGACUUCUCCCACAUAUGCAGUGACCGGUUGUACAUUGAUGUGGGCAAAGAGACCUGCCCACUGCACGACAGCGUUCCAUCGCCUGAACCUCAGACAUACCUUUGGCGGCGUUGUUGCAUCCGUCAUCACCUCGAUCAGCUCUAUGAUGGGAACAUUCCCAAGACCGGCCAAAACUUCUACCACGAGUCAAUGCUUCGAGAUGCUGGCGGCAUGACUACACUGACACCUCCGAGCUCUCGACUCCGCCGCGGAGGCAUUCUCUAUGGUCAGAUGUACAGUCUUACCAAGGAGAUCAUAGACGCCGCUCGCACGUUUCCAUUUCAAAAUCCAGAUCUACGGCACUUAGCAUUAGACCCUCAGCUUCGCAAUGUUCGCAGUUCUCUUUUUGUUGAUUUUGUCUGGCACAAUAUUAACAAGUUUACAACCGGGUUUGAGCUGGUCCGAGCCCAACGAGAGCUGCCCCAACCAGUGGGCUUGCCACAAGUGCGUUACGGCCUUGGCUUUAGCCAAACACUAGAGCAGUAUGGCUACUGCUGGAUUGAACCUCGCAUCAACUGGGCUCUGUUGAGGUUUCUUCCAGAUAUCACUGAUUCAGUCUUAUUUGGGAAUGGCGCUCUUCAUCAACGAUAU